ACUCGUAUUUGCACACGCAAACGUUCAUAUAUGUCAUUGCAACAAAUCUACGGUGUACUCCGGAGUUACGAGUAGAAAGACGAUGGUCAAUUCGUAAAUUUGGUUUAGUUAAAUUCAAUCCACUUGCGCUCGCGGUCGCUUCUGAUACAUGGAGUCUUCUGCUAUUGUUGUCGUUUAGCUGAUUUUUCGCGGUUUUAGACACCGUUUUAUUUCCACGCUUACUGCGCAUGAACAAAGGACUAAUAAAUGCUUCAUAUUUUAGACAAAUAAACUAAUAUAUUGUAAUAAAGUAAUAUAGAAAAAUACGAUUUCUUGUUGUAUGAGCUAUAUAUGUUUUAUACCAUACAUAUCAGUGUAAUAGUUCACAGUUGCCCAACGCAGUUUCUUUAGUGUAAAUCAAAGCAUUGUGCAUUUUAAAGUAAGAAAAUUUAGAAGGAUCUGGUCGUGAUAUCAGCACACUAUUUGCCUUUGCCGGGAAAACUCUUUAACUGGGAGAAGGUCGAUAUACAGAUAUGUGCGAGUUUCACCAUACUACACGAAGUAUAGUACAACUUACUUAUACGUAUGUGUUUCUGCUAGCUUUUACAAUGAUGAUUGCUGUUGAAGCUACGGGUACCGCACCGACAAUAUUGCAUAGUAAUAGUGAUAGUAGAGAGAAGUUCACAGCAAAAAUUGGAAGCAAUGGGUUUGUCGCCGACCAUUCAAAACAAUCUCAUUCAAGAAGAAAACGUUUGGUGUGGAUAACAGAUGAUGGUCGACUUGCUUUACCGCCAGGCACUGCACUUACAAUUACGCCGACAAUUUCAAUGCCAUUAGUCCGACAUCCUCCAGAGGGAUUCUUUUCGAAUGUAUCCAUUAGCUUCCCAUUGACAAUUGAUUUUGACAAACUUGGUUUAACGGAUGAAUCAAAUCCCUUGGGAGACUUGCCACCUAUAUUCACAAGGCAAUUUGGGCGUUCAACAGGUCAUGUGCUUGGAGAAUACGUGGCUCGUUAUCUCAAUUAUAAAACUAAACGAGAUUUGGCUGCACAGAGAAAACCUUUAGACAAGGAAACUCCCGGCUUUAAAAUAAAAAUUAAUUCAGAAAAUGUAGGAAAAUUAGAGUUGCCACGACUGCCGGAACAUUUUAAACAUGCAUUUCAUGGUGGCGAAAGAGUAAUACUUUAUGGAGUGGUAGAAGACUUACUUGGAACUUUCGGUAUAAAUGGAAAAGCCUGUUUACUACGUACAAUAUGCGAAGUUCAUUCCCGGAAACUAUCUCACUUUGGCGUAUUCGGCGAAAUAACGAAGCUGUUUUUAACUGCAACUAAUUCACCAUUUGCUGAACUUAUUCCGGAAUAUGUGCGCGCACAGGAGAUUGGAGAAGGUCGGAAAGCUCCCGGUGAAUGUUUUCCCUAUUAUAAAGAGUGUCCAAAGAGCAUAUUUAGAGAAACGCAAAAGGAUAAAUACAGUGAUUCACAAACGGACGAUUAUAAUGAAGAACGAGAAAAUGAGGUUAUCGAAGAAGAAGUCCAUGAUAAAUUAUUCAAAUUCUCAACUGCGAAGCAAACUGAAAAUCAGCAAAAAAGGAAAAAGAUAUUUAGCAUGUGAGAACUACUAGUAAAGAAAAAAUUUAAACACAAUAUACAUAAAUAGAAAAAGCUGUGAAUAGAAUUUUUUCAAACCGUUGUGUUUUCGUGAAAUUAAAUAACUUACAAUAAUGUUCUAUAAAAGUCAUUUUUAGCAAUUUGCUCAUCAAUCUAAGUCGAAUUUAUAAUUUAUUGUUAUUCUAUACUCAUAAUAUAUUUAUUUAAAUGUAACUAUAGUAUUUAUUGUUCUUAUACACAUAUUGUGUAAUUGUAUAUAAUAAAAGCAAGUAACUACGUUAAUAUUGUAAAAA